AUGGAGGAAGCAGGGGGGAAGAGCGAGCGUGGGAGGGGCCAGCCCUGGGCAGCACCGGCUGCAACAGGAGGCGGCCAGGGGCGGCAGGGCGCGGGGAGGCGCGGGGAGGUGGCUGCCGGCCGCGGCCGAGCACGGGAAGGCGCGGGGAGGCGCGAGGCGGCAACGGCAGGCCGCGGCCGCGCUCGGGGCGGCGCGGGACAGCGACGGCACAGGCCGCGGCCGAGCUCGGGGCAGCGCAGGCCGGGGCGAGACGGCGUGGCGGCGGGGAUGGAGAGAGCCGGGGGCGAGGGAGGAUGUGGCCGGCGCCGGCGACGAGGUAGAGGGAGGCCGGCGACGGGGGAGCUAGGCCGGCGAUGGGGGAGCGAGGCCGGCGACGGGGGAGCAAGGCACGGAGCUGCGAGCGUGCGGGAGCGGGAGAGGAACCUAAGCAUCUGA